AUGUACUCCACCGGAGCCAAGACUCUCAAGAUUGGUCUUAUCCCCGGAGACGGUAUUGGCCGAGAGGUCAUCCCCGCUGGCCGAAAGAUUCUCGAGAACCUGCCGUCCAACAAGCUCAAGUUCGAGUUUGUUGACCUCAAGGCCGGCUUCGAGCUCUUCAAGCAGACCGGAACCGCUCUGCCCGACGAGACCGUCGACGAGCUGCGAAAGUGUGACGGUGCCCUCUUUGGUGCUGUCUCCUCUCCCACCACCAAGGUCGCAGGCUACUCCUCUCCCAUUGUCGCUCUGCGAAAGAAGAUGGGUCUGUACGCCAACGUGCGACCCGUCAAGGCCGUCCAGGCCACCGACAAGAAGGUCGAUCUCGUCAUUGUGCGAGAGAACACUGAGGAUCUGUACAUCAAGGAGGAGCGUGCCUACGAGCAGGACGGCCAGAAGGUGGCCGAGGCCAUCAAGCGAAUCACCGAGCGAGCCACCGACAAGAUCGCCACCAUCGCCACCAAGAUCGCUCUGCAGCGAGAGCAGGUUCGAAAGCUCGAGGGCGGUAAGCUCUUCCACGAGAAGCCCAUUCUGACCAUCACCCACAAGUCUAACGUGCUGUCCACCUCCGACGGUCUCUUCCGAGAGGUUGCCCGAGCCUCCGCUGAGAAGGAGCUCAAGGCCGAGGGCGUCUCUGCUGAUGCCAUCAUCAUCAACGAGCAGAUUGUUGAUUCCAUGGUUUACCGACUGUUCCGAGAGCCUCAGUUCUUCGACGUUGUGGUUGCCCCCAAUCUGUACGGAGACAUUCUGUCCGACGGAGCCGCUGCCCUCGUCGGCUCUCUGGGUGUUGUCCCCUCUGCCAACGUUGGCGACGACUUUGUCAUUGGUGAGCCCUGCCACGGCUCUGCCCCCGACAUCGAGGGUAAGGGUAUUUCCAACCCCAUUGCCACCAUCCGAUCCACCGCUCUGAUGCUGGAGUUCCUUGGCUACCCUGAGGAGGCCGCCAAGAUCUACAAGGCUGUCGACGCCAACCUGGUUGAGGGCAAGCUGCUUUCUCCCGAUCUCGGAGGAUCUGCCUCUACCGAGCAGGUCACUAACGAUAUUAUCUCCAAGAUGAACUAG